CGGCUCGCUCGGCGCGGCGCACUUCCCGCUAGCGAGCGGCGGGGACCGGCGCGGCCAUGGACGCGGGCGUCUUCCUAGCGCUGCCCCCGAGCAAAGCGGAGCUGCUGGGCAGCCCGGAGCCCGUCCCGGCCCCGGCCCCGGCCCCGGGCCCCGCCGCCCUGUGCCUGCAGCAGCUCGGCCGGCCCCAGGACGCGCCUUUCCCCAGGGAGAAUGCUCCUGGAGUGCUGAGUGAGCCUGCCAUCUCUGACAGGAACGACUCUGAGGAGGUUGUCACUUACAUCUCGGAGAGCAUGACGGUGACCUCAGCCGAUGAGGAGAAGCUGAUGCUGCUCAACAAGAACACAGAGCUGCGGCGCAUCAACAAGGAGCUGAUGAAGCUGAAUCAAGAGUGGGACCAGAUUUACCACACCACAUCCCUGGGGCUGCAGCAGAAGAUCAGGGCCCUGCAGCAGGAGGUGCUCACCCUCAAGCAGCAGACAGAAAAGCUCUCCAUGAAGUUGGAGCAUGAACAGAACAAGAGGGAGUACUACGAACAAACCCUGAUCCAGGAGCUCAAGAAGAACCAGCAUUUACAGGAGUAUGUAAGGCAGUUAGAAGGCAAUCGACACCAUAGCAGGGAGAAAAGGACCUCAGCUGGUGCAGAGGUGUUUUCAUCCAUGCCCUGGGAGGAAUUCCCAGAUUUCCAGUUCCCACUUCAGAAGAACGUGAAGGAGAAUUCUCCAAGGAAACACGAAGCAGCUGGUCCAAAAGUGCAAGGCAGUGACAGCUGCAAGCCCAGGAAGUGCCAGCACUUCCCACAUUUUAAUAGCAGCUCAGACCCUGAAAAAGAGGUGACAGACCUGAAGGACCAGCUGGAAGCCCUGAAGUGCCAGACAGAAAUUUAUGAGGCAGAUUACAGGACAGAACACAAAGACCGGGAGCGAAUCAAGGCAGAGAACGAGAAGCUGCGGAAGAAGGAGGAGGAGAUGAGGCAGCAGAUGGCACUUCUGCAGGAGCAGCUCAAGAUUUUUGAGGACGACUUCAGGAAGGAAAGAUCAGAUAAGCAGCUGCUUCAGCGCCUCUUAAAGAGCAAGUCUCACCCCAAAGAGCCCAUCCUGGUUCAUCGCUGCAACAGCCAUGAGAAGCCACCAGCACCCAUUUCCUCUGCGCACAGCAUUUCUUCCCCCACACCCAAGCGAGGCACCUGCAACAAGCAUUGUGACAAGCACAGCCCCAAGACAGGGGAGCAGACCAAGCAUCACCAGCCCCCAGAUGCUCAAGCACAGGCCCCCCCUUUCAGCAGGGACUACUAGGAAGGAAAGACACAGAAACAGCAGACACAGAACUCCAAGGCAGUCCCUUCUAAGCUCAUACAUCAUCUUCUGCCAUCACUUCCAGCUGGGUCCAUGUUUCUACUGCAACUAGGAACUGGUUGUAGUGCUGUUCUUCUGCACCAGGCAGGCAAAUAACCACAGAUGCUUUUAGCUGUCACCACCAGUUACAGCUCAGACCAAAUCAGGGCUUGAGGGCUGAUCCAGUUCUGACGCAGAAACCCAGAUGAACCGCCUUGCUUCCUCUCCUGCCUUUUGUCCACACCACUGAAAUAACAAUGGAGUGUUUGUGCACAGGCCUUGAUAGGAACCCAGCUCCAAAGGCAGUUCAUGCUCCCUUGCUCCUAGAGCACCACCAGUUUCAGGCUAACCUCCAACAUACUCUAGGGAAAUGAAGCUUGAAGAAGCACAUUGUCCCACGCAUCAAGAAGGGCACCGAGAAAAAGGAGGCCUCAAGGUAAAAUUAGGUGAUGCUUCUGUUUGCAUCUGAAAAAGGGCUUAUUGCUCCUAUUGCUGUAAAAGGACUCCAGGCUCCUUUGCUAUAUUUUGUCCUCAAUUAACAGUGUCUUCCAGUGCCUCAUUAAGUCUUGGAUGACUUCAGCUCUGCUACAGCAGCGCUCACUUGGCACCAGAAACUCAGCCAGAGAAAAUCAGGGACAGCUCGUUUUUAUUUAUUUUAACCUUCUUCCCCAGAUUUUAUUACUGUGAAGCUUUGCACAAUCUAUUAAAAGUACAUACAAAUA